GUAAGGUCCUACCCUGCCCAGUCUCUCCUCUACCUACUGUUGGCUAUCAGCACAGUGUCUGCCUCCGACAGGGUGAACCUGGCGAAGGCCUCCAUGGCUCUAAGGGGAUUCCUCACUCUGGACCCGGCUGCUCUGGCCUCCUUCUUGUACUUUACAGCGCUCAUCCUGUCCCUCAGUCAGCAGAUGACCAGCGAUCGUAUUAACCUCUACCCCACUGCCAACGAGACCCUGUGGUGA